AUGGGCAGCAGGAGCAUAUGGGCAGCAGGAGCAUAUGGGCAGCAGGAGCAUAUGGGCAGCAGGAGCAUAUGGGCAGCAGGAGCAUAUGGGCAGCAGGAGCAUAUGGGCAGCAGGAGCAUAUGGGCAGCAGGAGCAUAUGGGCAGCAGGAGCAUAUAGGCAGCAGGAGCAUAUGGGCAGCAGGAGCAUAUGGGCAGCAGGAGCAUAUGGGCAGCAGGAGCAUAUGGGCAGCAGGAGCAUAUGGGCAGCAGGAGCAUAUAGGCAGCAGGAGCAUAUGGGCAGCAGGAGCAUAUGGGCAGCAGGAGCAUAUGGGCAGCAGGAGCAUAUGGGCAGCAGGAGCAUAUGGGCAGCAGGAGCAUAUGGGCAGCAGAGCAUAUGGGCAGCAGGAGCAUACAGGCAGCAGGAGCAUAUGGGCAGCAGGAGCAUAUGGGCAGCAGGAGCAUAUGGGCAGCAGGAGCAUAUGGGCAGCAGGAGCAUAUGGGCAGCAAGAGCAUAUGGGCAGCAGGAGCAUAUGGGCAGCAGGAGCAUAUGGGCAGCAGGAGCAUAUGGGCAGCAGGAGCAUAUGGGCAGCAGGAGCAUAUGGGCAGCAGGAGCAUAUGGGCAGCAGGAGCAUAUGGGCAGCAGGAGCAUAUGGGCAGCAGGAGCAUAUGGGCAGCAGGAGCAUAUGGGCAGCAGGGGCAUAUAGGCAGAAGGAGCAUAUGGGCAGCAGGAGCAUAUGGGCAGCAGGAGCAUAUGGGCAGCAGGAGCAUAUGGGCAGCAGGAGCAUAUGGGCAGCAGGAGCAUAUGGGCAGCAGGAGCAUAUGGGCAGCAGGAGCAUAUGGGCAGCAGGAGCAUAUGGGCAGCAGGGGCAUAUAGGCAGAAGGAGCAUAUACGCAGCAGGAGUGCUUGCACUGACGUCACAAAGAGACGUGGACGUGCCAUUUUAUGACGUGGCAAGAUGUGGUGUAGGGGCAGUGGAAGGGAGGUGGGAAGAGGAGGGAGAGGAGGGGAAGGUAGUUGAGAGGAGGUGGAGGGGAGAAAGGGGGUGGGCAUGGAGCGGGAUGUGA